GAACUUUUUGUAGUUGAAUUACUAGAAGAAUAUUAUCCAAAAAUCCCCAUAUGACAACUUAAACCUUUUUUCUUGAUUUACAGUUUGAAACCUUUUUUCCGUUACGAUUCAUAUAGUUCACUUCAACUUUCUUGGGGUUAAUGCAAAAUGCAAAAUUUCAACUUUCAUGAUGUUUAGUAAAAGUCUUUUCUUCGCGACUGAUUUACAUAUUCGACUCCAACUUUUUUGGGAUUGAUGCUAUACCAACUUUCUUGAUUUUUAGUUGAAGUCUUUUUUCUGCGACGAUUCACAUAGCUGACUCCAACUUUUUUGGAAUUAAGGCUUAACUCUAACUUUCUUGGAGUCGAGUCAUAAUUUCAACUUUCUUGAGAUUGAGGCGUAGUUGUUAUAUAUAGUUUUAUGUGAAUCUCGUGAGAUUAAAGAGUAGAAAAAAAAAGUGGAUAUGAUUUUGCAAGAAGAUGAUGGUAAUUUGGUGCCACCUACAAAUUUCUCAGCAGUGGAAGAUAACUGCAUUUAUAGAUCUGGUUUCCCUCAGUCCUCCAAUUUCCCAUUUUUGCAAUCACUCAAUUUGAGCUCUAUCAUAUGUUUGUGUCCAGAGCCUUAUCCUGAAGAGAAUUUGGAGUUUCUUCAAUUUAACAAAGUAAAGCUUUUCCAAUUUGGAAUGGAUGGCACCAAGGAGUCAUCGACUAUGUCGAGGAGUGCUAUAACAGAGGCUUUGAAAGUGUUAACGGAUGUUAGAAAUCAUCCAGUUCUUAUCCACUGCAAGCGCGGAAAGCAUCGAACAGGUCGCAUCGUUGGUUGUCUAAGGAAAUGGCAGACUUGGUGUUUGUCUUCUGUGAUGGACGAGUACAAGCAUUUUGCUGGCGCGAAAUGGAGGGAAACAGAUGUGAGAUUUCUCGAGACUUAUGAUGUUUCGUGCGUAAGGCAUUGCCUCGAGAGCAUUAUCUACACGUAUUAUGGUUCAACGAAAAGAUGCUUGCUAUGUAUAGAAGAAAUUCUGCAGAAACCUCUGAUGACUUCUGUUCUAUAGAGGCACUAUAUCAAUCCUUAUUGUAUUUUGAAGGAAUCGGAUAUUCUUUUGUUCGUUCAGUUGUAAAAAUCCAUU